ACCACCCUGCACCUGCCUCCCCAGGACAUUCCACAGCCAUCGUCAGUCUGCCCAGCUCUCAGCAACACCUCUCAGCUAACAUGUUUGUAGCCCUGCACUCCUACUCAGCCCAUGGGCCCGAUGAGCUGGACCUACAGAAGGGAGAAGGCAUCAGGGUCCUGGGGAAGUACCAGGACGGCUGGCUCAGAGGCGUCUCCUUGGUCACUGGGCGAGUUGGCAUCUUCCCAAACAACUAUGUCAUCCCCAUUUUCAGAAAGACAUCUAGUUUUCCAGAGUCCCGGAGCCCUGGUCUCUAUGCCACAUGGACGUUAUCCACCUCGUCUGUGUCCUCCCAAGGCAGCAUUUCAGAAGGUGAUCCCCGGCAAAGCCGUCCCUUCAAAUCCGUCUUUGUGCCCACAGCCAUAGUCAACCCCGUGAGGAGCAGCACAGCCAGCCCAGGGACUGUAGCACAGGGCUCUCUUCGGAAAGGGCGGAGCAGCAUGAGAAAGAAUGGAUCGCUGCAGAGACCUGUUCAGUCAGGGAUCCCCACCCUUGUGGUGGGCUCCCUCAGACGCAGCCCUACCAUGGUCGUGCAGCCGCAGCAGUUCCAGUUCUACCAGCCACAGGGGGUCCCCUCCUCGCCCUCCUCGGUGGCGGUGGAGAUGGGACCCAAGCCUGCACCCACUGGGGAGCCUGCCCUCACAUGCGUCAGCAGAGGCAACGACACCAGGAUCCACUCGGCGGCCAGCUCCCUCAUCAUGGAAGGCAAGGAAAACCCCAUCAAGAGUGAGCCUCCUCUAAAACCACCUGCAUCUGCCCCACCAUCGAUCCUGGUGAAACCAGAAAACUCCAGAAAUGGCACUGAAAAGCAAGUCAAAACCGUGAGAUUUCAGAAUUACAGCCCUCCUCCUGCCAAACAUUACACCUAUGGAAAGCCUGAACAGCCAGCCACCCCUAAGGGGUCCCAGCCUGAAGCAGCUCCCUUGGGCCCGGAGAUGACCAUCCUAUUCGCCCACCGAAGCGGCUGCCAUUCUGGACAGCAGACAGACCUCCGGAGAAAGCCAACUUUUGGCAAGGCUAUGUCCCCGGUGCCGGUGCCCACUGCCUCAGCCACGCAGACGGUGUUUCCCAGCAAAUGAAUCUCCGGGUGGCUAUUCCUAGACCCUAAAGAGGUGAAUUGCAUUUAAAUACAGUCUG